AUGACGGGUCCCGGUGAGCCAGCGAAAUCACUUCCCCUACCUAGUGGGCCAGCGUCGUUGUGCUUCGACAAGGAUGUGUUCAUGAAAGACACGUUUGAUGUCGACACAUUUGUGAUGGAGUGCCGACGACGUGUUCCGCUGGAGACUCUGAGGGAUGAUCUCUCCACCUACCUCAAGAUUCUGAGGAGUGCAAUGAUUGAACUUAUCAACAAAGACUACGCAGACUUUGUCAACCUCUCCACUAACUUGGUUGGGAUGGACAAAGCUAUCGGCAAUUUAACAACACCUUUAAAUGAAUUGAAGGAUGAAGUCUUGACUGUGAAAAUGGCCAUGGACCAAGCUAUCUAUGCAGUAGAACAGAAACUGAAGCAGCGAGAACAGAUCAGACAUAAAAAAGCAUGUCUCCAGAGGCUGAUGAAUAUUGUACAGUCAGUAGAGAAAAUAGAGAGACUUCUCGGGAUACAGAGUGGAGAAGGAGGGGAGACAAUUCAGACCCAGCUGAAUGGUCCAUUAAUAGAAAGAGUGGCAAAUGAGUUCAACAAACUUCAGUUUUACGUUAUGAAGAGUACAGGGCUCCCUCUAGUGGAGCAAAUACGACCAAGAAUAGUAAAUAUUACGAGCACUUUACAAGUAAGUCUGGAGGGUCAUUUCCUGGAGGGACUGGAUACUGGAAACACUGAAAUACUCCAGCAAUGUCUCCGGACUUACGCCCUCAUAGACAAGAUUCAGGAUGUAGAAAAUCUGUUCCGACAGGAGAAGGUCCGCCCCUACAUGGAGGAGGUGAUCAGCGAACAGAAUGUGAAAUCCUCAGGUGGCCGUCCAGGUCUCAAAGGCAUGUAUCAGCAGAUCCUGGACUUUGUACCGCAGCACUGUGGUAUUCUCAGGGAAGUUACCACAGGGGGUCGCAUGGGUGCCAUGGAAAGUGUGCGAGGUUAUGACUUCAUGGUCAAUGCUGUGUGGCCAGAGGUGGUCACUAAUAUUGAAGCUCGGACACCGUCCAUUUUCGCACCUGGGAAUCCUAAUACAUUCCAUGAGAAAUUUCUGAUCAGUAUGAAGUUCUUGGAUGACUUUGAAGCUUUGUGUGGAUCUCAGGCCAGUGUACGGAGACUACGAGAACAUCCAAGUUACCACAUCUUUAUGAACAAGUGGAGUUUACCAGUGUACUAUCAGAUCAGAUUCCAGGAAAUAGCUGGUGCACUGGAGACCUCACUUUGUACUGCCUUCAAUCACUCUGCUGACCAAACAUUGUUCCACCUGAAUGUGACCUUGAUGUUAUGGCGCUGCAUUAGUCGGUGCUGGGGUGAUGAUGUGUACCUUGCUCCGCUCUGUCACAAACUCUGGAAGUUAUCACUACAGCUCAUCAGUCGCUAUUCUACCUGGCUGGAGGAGUGCUAUAGACAGGAGAUUGAAAAGAAAUCCUCAGAGACAGAAACCCCAAAAAUGACAACAUCGGUGUCCAUGCCUGUACUACCUUCCACAGACCGAAACAACGGAACACUCGAUGCAAACGGUACAAGUGAAGGGCAGACAACUCCAGCUAAUCAACCCGUUACUCUUGGACAAAUUCUAUGCCUGUUAUCCGAUGUAGAGAAAUUCUCACAACAGGUAUCUGGUUUGUUUGAGGAGACGAUAAAACCAAAGAUAGCUGCUGCAGGUUUUGAAAACACAGAUAAUUUAAAGGACAGUAUACAAGAAUGCAGUAACAGCCUGGUGAAUAAACUGCCACGCUAUCGUGACUUCAUUGUGGAGGAAAUCAGCUGCCAGUGCUCCGUACACCUCAAACAGGUCAACGACGUCCCACGUCUUUAUCGCCGGACAAACAGGGAGGUACCUGUAAAACCAUCCACAUACAUUGGGAGUGCCUUCAAGCCUGUCAGUAUGUUUGUACAGGAACAUGGCCAUGUGUUGAGAGACAAACAGAAACAAGAAAUAUUUGAAGCAAUUUUUACACGUCUGGCAGAGCAGUACUUCUCUGUAACAUCUGAUGUCCUUCUGUCAGUUAAGAAAAUGGAGGAUUCACUGAAGAGGUUAAAGAGGGUACGAGGUACAGAUAAGGGGGCAGGAUCACAAGGGCUAACAGACGACGACAAGAUACGACAGCAGAUAAUACUGGAUAUCGACAGCUACGGACAACAGGUCACCAGUUAUGGUGUGAAAAAAGAAAACUUGGAAAGUUACAAGAAACUGCAGCAACUUUCAGUAGAGGCGAAAUCUGCCAUGACGACAGCUCAGUGAUCAUGUGACGAUAACAUGCCACUGUCAUAUGGCAGUUACUGUCUUGUGACAACAGAUAUAUGGUUACUUAGGUCAUUGUCUGGAAACGUUUUGAGUAUGAAGUGAAUGUUUAAUUUAUUUUCACAACAUUCUGUGCAGCAGUACUUUGGUUUGUUUCAAGAUAUCUAAAGAUUUUGAGAAAAAAAAACAUAUGAAAAACUGAAUUAGAAUUUUAUGAAUAAAUAUUACAGUAACCUUAAAUAGAUCUUUUAAGAUUAUUGUACUGUGUCAAAGUGUGACUAAGACAGAGACAUUAUUAUUGUGUGACUGUGUCAAAGUGCGACUAAGACAGAGACAUUGCUGUGUGACUGUGUCAAAGUGUGACUAAGACAGAGACAUUACUGUGUGACUGUGUCAAAGUGUGACUAAGACAGAGACAUUACUGUGUGACUGUGUCAAAGUGUGACUAAGACAGAGACAUUACUGUGUGACUGUGUCAAAGUGUGACUAAGACAGAGACAUUACUGUGUGACUGUGUCAAAGUGUGACUUAAUACAGAGACAUUACUGUGUGACUGUGUCAAAGUGUGACUUAAUACAGAGACAUUACUGUGUGACUGUGUCAAAGUGUGACUAAGACAGAGGCAUUGCUGUGUGACUGUGUCAAAGUGUGACUAAGACAUAGACAUUAUUGUGUGACUGUGUCAAAGUGUGACUAGGACAGAGACAUUACUGUGUGACUGUGUCAAAGUGUGACUAAGACAGAGACAUUACUGUGUGACUGUCAAACUGUGACUUAGACAGAGACAUUACUAUGUGACUGUGUCAAAGUGUGACUAAGACAAAGACAUUACUGUGUGACUGUGUCAAAGUGUGACUAAGACAGAGACAUUACUGUGUGACUGUGUCAAAGUGUGACUAAGACAGAGACAUUACUGUGUGACUGUGUCAAAGUGUGACUAAGACAGAGACAUUACUGUGUGACUGUGUCAAAGUGUGACUAAGACAGAGACAUUACUGUGUGACUGUGUCAAAGUGUGACUAAGACAGAGACAUUACUGUGUGACUGUGUCAAAGUGUGACUAAGACAGAGACAUUACUGUGUGACUGUGUCAAAGUGUGACUAAGACAGAGACAUUGCUGUGUGACUGUGUCAAAGUGUGACUAAGACAGAGACAUUACUGGGUGACUGUGUCAAAGUAUGAAUAAGACAGAGACAUUACUGUGUGACUGUGUCAAAGUGUGACUAAGACAGAGACAUUACUGUGUGACUGUGUCAAAGUGUGAAUAAGACAGAGACAUUACUGUGUGACUGUGUCAAAGUGUGACUAAGACAGAGACAUUACUGUGUGACUGUGUCAAAGUGUGACUAAGACAGAGACAUUACUGUGUGACUGAACAGGAAACAGGGAAUACAGAAUUAGAAUAUAACAGGAGGGGUUGUACUCAUGUGGUGGCAUAUAUACUAGUAAACUUCAUAUUAAAAGAUUUAUUUACAGUAUGCAAAAGUUCUGAAAUUAAUCUUUUUCAGUUUCAGACUGCAGUAAAUUUUUGUUUUCUUGUUUUGUUUGGUAGCUAGAUACACAAUAAUUUAUAACAUAGUUAUAAUUUAUACUUCAUCAAAAAUGGAGCCAUAUAUAUAGUAAGUAACAGUAUUUAGUCAAGAUGAUGUAACCGUAUCAUUGCUAUCUAUGAACAGUAUGUCAUAGAAAUUGGGGAUGCAUUAAAAUCAUGUGCUGGAAAAAUCAAUAAUUUUGUAUUUAUGUGUAUAAUAUGAGCUAAUGGUUUUCUCUUUGAAAAGAGGUUUCA